AUGUGGUUCAAAGACAUCACCGCCCAGAAGGCCUUCGCCGUGGCCUCAUUGCUCUUGACAUCCGGGGUCUCAGCAGCUGCUAUACCCUCCAACCUCGAUGGACCCAGAUCCGUCUCGGUGGUAAACGAUGUUGCGACGACCACGCAGAUCACUGCAACUGGAGUGGAUGGCAAGCCGACCUCUGUCCCUGUUGUGGAUGCCCCAGACUGCCAGUUCUGCGAUGCAGAUGAUGAGGAUGAACAGACUGAUAUCAGUGGCUACGAGAUUUCUUCCGAGCCUCUUGAAUCAGUUCCCGUCAUUACCGUCCCCUCCAACGGGGAUGAUCCAAGUGAUGAUAUCUCAUCCAAGACUACACGCCAGCCGGCAACGGAGGUCAAGCGGGCCACUACAACCUCGAAGGAUCCCAAAUAUGAGCGGCUGGAGAAGACCCUCGGAAGCACACCCGUAGUCAACGACGGCUACGCUAUCAAAAUCCGGAGUGAACGAAAUGAGGCAUCCGGCGUGUCGUACGUCGACCACUACCUGAUGGUUGCAGGGUAUGUCUCGAAGACAACCGAGGGCAGCACCGAAUACUUCAAGUACGACUCCGCAUGCUACGAUAUCCAGGUCGUCGAUGGCGAAAUCAAGCUCAACGACUGCGGUGCCACCAAGUGGUAUGAUUUCAAGGCCACAUAUGCGAUGCUCGGUAAGAUCAAGUCGGGCAUCACAUCCGCGACUCUCGAAUCGGAUGCCAAAACCAUUGCAGAGGAGAUGGAAAAGAAGGGAUAUAACCUCCUCACUAACAACUGUCGGGAUUUUGUGAAGAAGUUGUACAAGAAGAUUAAGGCUUAA